AUGACCGCCCUCGAUUUUAUCGAGAGGAAGGUCAUUUCGCACAGUCCUUCUCAAUUCGAAUCAACCCUUACGACCCAUGCAAUAAUUCAAGCUUCUCAAAUCGUUGACCCGCAAAAAAAGAUAACUUUAAUUUUAGAUUUAGAUGAAACACUUGUGCAUUCGCGUUUCCACAAGCCUGAUUGGUAUGACUAUGAAAUGCCAGUUCAAUACAAUGGAAUUACAUAUACGAUUUAUGUUCAAAAACGACCUGGAUUUGAUGAAUUUUUCAAAGUCAUUGAACCACUGUACGAUAUUUAUAUAUUCACUGCAUCUUUACCCGAGUAUGCAGUCCCUGUUGUUCAGAAGGUUAUUCCUACUUUUCCCGCUUCAAAAGUUCUUACUCGAUACCAUUGUCAACUAAUUGAUGGAACAUUAGUUAAAGAUUUAACCAUUUUUGAUAGAGACCUUUCAUCUAUUAUGAUUGUCGACAAUUCUCCAGCUUGUUACAAAUUACAGCCAGAAAAUGGAAUAGAAGUGUCUUCCUGGCUUGGAGAUUUGAGUGAUGAUGAAUUACUUUCCUAUUUGCUGCCAAUCUUAGAGGGUGGCGCAAAUGCGAUCGAUGUUCGUCAAUAUAUUUAUAAUUGUAGCCAAUAG